CCCUCCCUCGAAGCAGCACCGUCUCUGAGCCGGACCCCGGACGCCCCCAGGCCGUCAUGUCGACCAUCAAUCCAGAAUAUGACUACUUGUUCAAACUCCUCCUGAUCGGGGACUCCGGGGUCGGCAAAUCCUGCCUCCUGCUGCGCUUCGCGGAUGACAAUUACACGGACAGCUACAUCAGUACCAUUGGGGUGGACUUCAAGAUCCGCACCAUCGAGCUGGAGGGGAAAACUAUCAAACUCCAGAUAUGGGACACGGCCGGCCAGGAGCGCUUCCGGACGAUCACGUCCAGUUACUACAGAGGCGCUCACGGUAUCAUCAUUGUGUAUGAUGUAACGGACCAGGACUCGUUCAGCAACAUGCACCUCUGGCUGGAGGAGAUCGGCCGCUACGCCAGCGAGAACGUCAACAAGCUGAUCGUGGGCAACAAGAACGACCUGACCUGCAAGAAGGUGGUGGAUUACACCACAGCCAAGGAAUACGCGGACGCGCUGGAGGUGCCGUUCCUGGAGACCAGCGCCAAGACCGCCACCAACGUGGAGCAGGCCUUCGUCACCAUGGCGGCCGAGAUCAAGAACCGGGUGGGCAGCGGCCUCCCCCACAGCGACAGCCGCCAGCCCAACCCCCGCAUCCAGAGCGCCCCCCUGCGGCAGGGCCGGGACGGCGCGGGGGAGGGCGGCGACGGAGGUGGGGGCUGCUGUUAG